AUGAUGGAGGAGAUAUUCAUCCAUAGGAUUCUUGCUUUGUUUCCAAAUGCCUACGUAGCUCGUAAAUUACUGCUGAUGUUGAUGUUUAUCUUAGUUUUCUGGGUCAUUUACUUCUCUUCCAAAGACCUUGAAAAGUUCUUGUUCAGCUUGAGAAACCCUAUCUCUCUGAAUCAUUGGAACACCUUCAGAAAGUCCUUCUACCCAGAAGCACCACCCGAUCCAGAAUUUUCACCAACAGAGACUGAGCUGAGAAUAAAGGGGAUCAUGGAGAAACUAGACCAGCUGACCCCACCCAGACCCUUCACCCACGUGAGCUCCACCACCAGCGCCACACACAGCAAAGCCACCCUCCUCAGCCCUCAAGACACGUACUGUAGGGGGGAUCAGCUAGACUUCCUGCUGGAGGUGAGGGACCACUUGGGACGCAGGAAGGAAUACGGCGGUGAUUUCCUGAGGGCCAGGAUGUCCUCCCCAGCCCUGAAGGCAGGCGCUUCGGGAAAGGUGACAGACUUCAACAAUGGCAGCUACCUUGUCAGCUUCACCCUGUUCUGGGAGGGCCGGGUGUCUCUGUCUCUCCUGCUCAUCCUCCCCAGUGAAGAUGGCGUGUCAGCUCACUGGAGGGCAAGGAACCAAGGCUAUGACAGUGUGAUCUUCACAGGCCAGUUUGCCAGUGGCACCUCCCAGGUCCUCCCUAAAUGUGGCCUGACCCUACACUCGAGUGCUGAACUGUGCGAAUACCUGCACUAUCGUGACCAGGAAGCCUUCUACUGCGUGAAGCCUCUACGUGCUCCCUGUGAGGCGCUGACGCAUGUGACCACCAGGAAUGCAAACAUUUCCUACCUUAGAGAGAAAGAAUGGAUCCUUUUCCACCAGUCCAACAUGGGGCUUGAAAUAAUGAAGGACUUUACCUCCAUCAAGGUCUUGUCAUGUAACAAGUGGACAACCUCCUCGCCCCAGUCAGGCUCAGACCUGGGCAGCUGUCCUAUGCAGAUGCCCUCCUUAUUUAGCUCAGACUCCAGUACCCUCCUCUGGGCCACUGUGGCUGCCCCCACCCCUCACCAGAAAACCCCAGAAGAUCCAGGCCCCAAGGAACUCAUAUCCAUCUCUGAUUGGAAUCCUAGCACCAUUCACUAA